GUGGUAAAUUUAAUUGUUCGAGCCACAUUAGGUGCAGACUCACACGCUUGGCUAAAUUGAGGACGCAAACGUGAACUCGCGGUACAUAAAUGAGAUAGCAAAACACUGAGGAAACCGUAGGAUGGAUCCUAACCGGAUAAUGCAGGCUCUCAAAGGGACUAUCGACCCUAAUCUGAGAAUAGCGGCGGAAAAUGAACUCAAUCAGUCUUACAAGAUCAUAAACUUUGCACCAACCCUGCUUCAGAUCAUUGUAUCAGAGCAGGUAGAGUUUCCUGUUCGCCAUGCAGCGGCCAUCUACCUGAAGAACAUGGUGAGUCAGUACUGGCAGGACAGGGAGCCAUCUCUCGGGGAAGUCAUCUUUCCGUUCAAUAUCCACGAGAAUGACCGGCAGCAGAUCAGAGAUCACAUAGUGGAGGGCAUCAUCCGCUGUCCAGAGUCCAUACGUGCCCAGCUGACUAUGUGUUUGCGAGCCAUCAUCAAGUAUGACUUCCCCGGCCGCUGGACAGCCAUCGUGGACAAGAUUGGCAUGAACCUGCAGUCUCUGAGCAGCGGCAGUUGGUACGGCAGCCUGCUGGCUCUCUACCAACUGGUCAAAACCUAUGAGUAUAGAAAGGCUGAUGAGAGGGAGCCUUUGCUAGCAGCCAUGCAAAUCUUUCUGCCGAGGAUCCAGCUGCUCAUCAGCCAACUGCUGUCUGAUGCCACCAUUUUCUCUGUCCUAAUCCAAAAACAGAUACUCAAGAUAUUCCAUGCUCUUGUACAGUAUUCGUUACCUCUCCAGCUGAUAAACAACACGGUGAUGACUCAGUGGAUGGAAAUCCUCAGAGCCAUAAUGGACCGAGAAGUCCCUGCUGAGACUUUGGAGGUUGAUGAGGAUGACCGUCCUGAACUGGCAUGGUGGAAGUGCAAGAAGUGGUCGUUGCGCAUUAUCACCAGACUGUUUGAGCGUUAUGGAAGUCCUGGCAAUGUGACAAAAGAGUACAGCGAGUUUGCUGACUUUUUUCUUAAGACAUAUGCAGUUGGCAUACAACAGGUUCUGCUGAAAGUGGUUGACCAGCACCGACAGAAGCAGUUCAUUACUCCUCGUGUCCUGCAGCAAUGUCUCAACUACCUCAACCAGGGCCUGUCACACUCCCUGACCUGGAAACAGAUGAAGCCACACAUGCAGACCAUAUGCCAAGAGGUCAUCUUCCCUCUGAUGUGUUACAAAGAUGAGGAUGAGAAGCUCUGGCAGGAAGACCCCUAUGAGUACAUCCGCAUGAAGUUCAACCUAUAUGAUGACCAUGCCCUCCCAGCUACCGCUGCCCAGAGCCUCUUGUGUAAAGCUGCCCGCAAACGUAAGGAGGUUCUUCCUCAGAUGAUGGAGUUCUGCCACCAGAUACUGAUGGACCCCUCUGCAAAUCCCCGCAGUAAGGAUGGAGCACUGCACUGCAUCGGUGCUCUGGCUGAGCUUAUACUGAGGAAGCGGAUGUACAGGGAGAAGAUGGAGCUGAUACUGCAAAACUAUGUUUUUCCUUUGCUCAACUCACCCAUGGGUUACCUGCGAGCCAGAUCCUGUUGGGUGCUCCAUUCAGUCAAUUCAUGCUGGGUGCUCCACUCGUUCAGCCCCCUAAGUUUCCAGGAUGAGCUGGUUCUGAGGAAUGCUGUUGAGUUAGUAAAACAGGAUCUCAUCGACGACAAAGAGAUGCCGGUCAAGGUGGAGGCUGCCAUUGCUCUGCAGACAUUGGUCAGCAACCAGGAGCAAGCCAAGCUCUACAUCAGGCCAUACAUCCAGCCAGUCAUGCAGGAGAUGCUGCAUGUGGUGAAAGAGACAGAGAAUGACGACUUGACUAAUGUCAUUCAGAAGAUGAUCUGUGAGUACAACCAGGAGGUUGCGGCCAUUGCUGUGGAUAUGACACAGAACCUGGCAGAUAUCUUCACCAGGGUUCUUCAGAGUGAGGAGUAUGAGGAAAACGAAGACAAGACUGUCAUGGCCCUUGGCCUCCUUAGCACCAUCGACACCAUACUCACUGUCAUGGAGGACCACAAAGAGAUCACUCAGAAGUUGGAAGGGAUCUGUUUGCAGGUGAUCGGCCUGGUCUUGCAGAAACCCAUCAUAGGUAUGGCAGAGUUCUAUGAGGAGAUCCUCUCUCUGGCAUUUGGCCUCACCUGUCAGACCAUUUCUCCCCAGAUGUGGCAGCUACUUGGCAUCUUGUACGAGGUCUUCCAGCAUGACUGCUUUGAUUACUUCACAGAUAUGAUGCCUCUUUUGCACAACUACAUCACUGUGGAUACAGAAAUGCUCUUGUCUAACCCAAAACACUUAGAGGUCAUUUACAGCAUGUGCAAAAAGGUGCUGACCAUAGAUGCAGGUGAGGAUGCAGAGUGUCAUGCUGCCAAACUGUUGGAGGUCAUCAUACUGCAGUGCCGAGGCAGAGGCAUCGACCAGUGCAUCCCUCUGUUUGUGGAGGCAGUGCUGGAGCGUUUGAUGAGAGGGGUGAAAUCCAGUGAACUGAGAACCAUGUGCCUUCAGGUGGCCAUCGCUGCUCUUUACUACAAUCCAGUGCUACUCAUACACACUCUGGACAACAUGCACUUCCCACACAACCCGCAGCCCAUUACUGCACACUUCAUCAACCAGUGGAUGAAUGACACAGAGUUAUUUCUGGGGCUUCAUGACCGGAAGAUAUGUAUCAUCGGCCUGAGUGUGCUGAUGGAGCUGCCCAACCGGCCAGCAGUGCUUGAUGGUGUUGCUGCCCAGAUCAUCCCCUCCAUCCUGCUUCUUUUCCUGGGUCUCAAGCACCUUCACACCUCUCGCCUCAUCAACAAACCAGAUGUGCCGGCCCAAACAGGGCACCAAGAUGAAGACCAGAAUGAGGAGAUUCCCAGUGAUGAAGAUGAGGUUAAUGAGAACUGGAAUGCCAUGCAGCAGCAGUCCGGCACAGUGACAAACCAUGGCAGUGAGGAAGAUGAUGAAGAUGAAUGCUUGGAUGAUGACUGCUUUGAGGGUACGCCCCUCGAAGAAUAUAGCACACCGCUCGACUACGACAAUGGCGAGGACGAGUAUCAGUUCUUUACCGCCGCACUGCUUGGGGUGCAGAACCGUGAUGCAAUCUGGUACCAGAGUCUGACUGGUCCACUCAGUGAUGACCAGAAGAAACAACUGCAGGAGAUAUACAGCAUCUCACAGCAACGUAGGAGCACUGCCACAAAGGGCCAAUGAGUGCUGAUGAGACAGAUGAACUGCAGAAUCAGUGAAGAGGGCCGGAGAAAGAGAUCAUACCUUAAUGGAUCCCAACAAAACUAGGUUCCAGAUUGCAAUCAGAAUUGGAUGAGUACCAGGGGCUGGAUUGGCAUUAUAGCAGUUUGAGUCCUAGUGCACUGUAUAAAACCACAUCUACUACUGGAAUAUUUCAAUGACCACAACUGGACGGUUAUCGUGUGUGUGUGUGUGUGUGUGUGUGUGUGUGUGUGUGUGUGUGUGUGUGUGUGUGUGUGUGUGUGUGUGUGUGUGUGUGUGUGUGUGUGUGUGUGUGUGUGUGUGUGUGUGUGUGUGUGUGUGUGUGUGUGUGUGUGUGUGUGUGUGUGUGUGUGUAUUUCAGUGAAAGAUUUGCAUUAUAAUUUCUUUGACCAGCAUAUAUGUUCACGUACAGUGCAGUCCUUUGAUCCAAGUAAUUUUAGUGUGCCUGUGUGGGUCCGACUAACUGUAAAAAAAUAAAACUUCAACAUGUGCAUUUGUAUGUACCUGUAUCUGAAAACUUUUAUCAUCUCAUGAGGUGAGCUCCUAUCCAGAAAAAAAAAAAAGAGCCUGAUUUCUGUUUGGGGGGGGGGGGCUUUUGUACAGAUUACAGACAAUUGAGAAGAAUGAGGUCCAAGACUUGUGACCACAGACAAAUUAAAUGUAAAAUGGGAGCGAUGUCUAAAAAGAAGCAGUUUUUAGUGUUCUUUUCCUACCUUAAUUAAAUGUUUCUGUUUCCCCAAGAAGCAUUGUGUCUAAAUAUCGUCUCACAAAGCCACUAAUAUGGCUGUUAAAAUAGUAUUGUUUGAUAAAAAAUAAACACAAAGGACAGCUGAUCCUGAUGUCAUUGUUAUUAGUUUUGCAGAGAAACAAAAACUACAACUAUUCACUAUUUUUACAUGUUUAUAGACAAAGAAUUUCUAGCAAUAGUGUUAUUAUUGCUAGCUGUAGAUUGCUACAUUUGGGAGACUCAAGCUGUGUGUUUACUGGGUUGCAAUUGCAGCUGAUAUAUUGCAGAGCAAAUGUCUGGUUUUGCUGGUCUGAUAUUGAACCACUUUUGUUAAUGUACAGCUCUUUAAAAAUCUCAAACAUAAUAAAUUUGUUCUUUGUUCA